UGAUGAGUGAUGGAUGCGCACAGGCCUUCGUCUUAAAGUAUCAAGUAACGGUAUGUGGUAGACUUUCCUGCGCCUUGAUUGUAUAUCGAGACUAUCAAAUACGCAAAUCAGAAAUCACCAAAAUGAACGCUUGUAUUCUUUUCAUGUUGGUCUACAUCGCAUCAUAUUACGACGUGGCACAAUGUAAGUAAAUGGGCUUUGGUUUUUUAGGCCAGGUUUAGACGGCGUAAUGCAUGCCUACGUUUUCUGAAUAAUGCGUCCUACAAAAUUGCUCUUUAGAUUGACCAUAGUAAUGGAGAGAUGUUUUGGAAACCAUUAGAAUAACAAUGUGACUCAUUAUCUAAUAUCUAUGUUAAUUAACGUUUGUGCAAAAAUACGGACCUUCAUCGUCAGGUGUGUAUAUAUUGUAUUUUUGCCAAAUCCACCAGUAGCAAUUUUUAAGUUACCCAAUCGUUCAAGUCACGGAUUGCUAACUUUCGUAAAAUAGUGUUAUUGGUUAGUUGGGCAAAAAUAUAGUACGCACGUGACGAGGAAGGACCCUUUGACUAACUUAGAUAAUGAGUCUUAUUGUUAUAAUGUUAUUGAUAUUGUAAUGAUUUCCUCAGUCCAUUGAUCUAUAUAUGUACCUAUUGAUGAUUGGGUACGAGUCGGGAGGAACUCUGGGGUACCUCAUUAUAUUUCCGAGAUAGACGCCUAGCCUCGACAGUUUUUACAUCAAGCAAUAAAAAUGAACCCUUAUCACCAGGCCUGAAAAUAAUUUUACGUAAUUCAACAAGUUAUCGAUCUAAUCUUACGUAAUAUGUACAUGUUGACUCGGAUGUUGAGAUAUUUUGAUUAUUAUAAGUUAGAAGCAAGGUUUUCUAAGAAAUUCAAUGAACAGUUGUAACAUUCUGGGUUCUUUCUCUUCAGCUGUCCAUGUAUCAAACCAAGCAGGAUCUGGCGCUGGAUGUAAUUGCCACAACCCCAUUGGCUCCGGCAGCCCACCUACUACAAGCGCACCCCCAGUGGUGAAACAGACCACCUCCAAAUCAAGCUAUAACGUCAUCAAAUGCGGUACCAAAGCCCCCAUUAUUGCCCGUGUUGUGGGUGGGACAAAAGCCCAACCCAAAAGCUGGCCUUGGCAAAUUGGCAUCAAAUCAUGUCCCAAAUGCAUGUACUUUUGCGGAGGCACUAUAAUCGGAAAGAGAUGGGUGGUAACCGCUGCACAUUGUUUGGUGAACUAUCUUGCUAGCGACCUUUACAUCGAUGCAGGGGUGACGAAUCAGAAAAAGACAACCAAAUACAAGCAGUCAUUCAAUUGUACUGCCAUCCAUCAGCAUCAGUCGUACGCGAUCAAAGCACCAUAUGAUCAAGAUAUCGCAAUACUGCAGUUAAAUAAAGACGUAGUUUUUAACGACCAUGUGAGACCGUUAUGUCUAAAUGAGAAUGCGUUGAAGACAGACCAGAUUUGUACUGUCACAGGAUACGGAAAGACGUCCCAUACAGCGAGAAAGAAGUCAGCGCACCUACUUCAAGCAGACGUACCAAUUGUGGCCAGUGAUGUGUGCGUUAAGGUAAGGACAGUGAAGUGAAUAGAACUGGAACGCUAUCAUCGGAUAAACUGCCUAUCUUUUCUUGAAGUCAAAUCUGACCCCUAACACUCACGUGUUUCUCGCGAGACCAGUUCAGGGAACGAACAUCCCGUUCUAUUCAUUUCAAUGGGUAGGAAAAAAGCUCUGAGCAAACUGAGUUUCUCAAACUCGUUUGUAAUUCAUGAGCAAAACACAUAUAGCCUGCAUGUCAAUUUACCUUGUCCCAUGCAGGCUAAACAACUCUUCACCAGGCAACAUCUUAUGUCAUUAAUAUCUCGUUAUCUUAAUAGCUCUUUCAUUGAGAUAAAUGUAAAUAAUCCGUCACUAAAAGCGAGACUAUAAGCUUUAAAACUACAGAGUACUAAUGUGGUUUAGCAUGAUCCUUUGUCUAUAGUAUUUUUGUACCAUUCUUUCAGGCGUACAACCAGACCAAGCCACCUCGCUCUGUCACGAAGAACAUGUUGUGCGCCGGUUAUGUUAAUGGAGGUAUUGACGCCUGCUCUGGGGACAGCGGCGGACCACUGACAUGUUGGGAUCAAAAUAAAAAACAUUAUGUCCUUGGUGGAAUUGUAUCGUGGGGCGUUGGUUGCGCGGGCAAAAAUACCUAUGGAGUGUAUACAAAUGUGAAACAUUUGACUGCGUGGGUAACGCGCAUUACUGGAAAGAUUGUGUGAAAAUGGGUGAUUUUUUUAACGCUGAACUCAGUAGAAAUAUAUCAAAUAUUGGGAACUAAAUUUUAACUGUUACUGUAUGUACACUAGUUGCUGGAAAUUCUCAACUACAUUUUAUAAACCACAGUUUUGUAGUUAAAUAGUAUAAAUGCGCAAUUUUGAUUGGUUUUCUCCGAGUGCUCUGGUUCCUCCCACAGGGAAAGUUAACAGGGGAUGUGUUAGGACAAACACGGUUAAGAAACUUCAAAGUAACUACACAAUUGUUGUAAAACAUAAAUCUAGGCUAAGUAUGUAAUACACCCUUUCGAUAAUUACGUCACACACAGUAAAUUACGCAAGGUGAUUGGCUCAAGAUUCAUGAGAGCGAGGUACCAGACCAAACGACGUAAUUAUCAAAAUGGUUUGUUCGAUAGCGUAUACUUGAUGUAAGGCGCAUUUGUCGAUUUGAUCAUAUCCACUGAUGCACAUGUAAAUUUGGGCUAUAGAAAAUUAUGUUAAUUAGGAUCGUAAAGUUCAGUGCAUGGAGGGUAUUUACCGACAAAAGAUCGCGAAUCUCGUUAGAAUCUCAUUACUUGCUCUCCAUCUGUUUCUGUGUUAAAACUCUCGUAGGAAUGCUCGAAGUCACCUAUAUAAUAAAUUGAAUGUAUC